AUGGCACCAAAAGCAGCCCAACCAAAAGCCACUCCUUCAUCACAGUCGUCAGCGACGACCAGCGCUGUCCAGUCUCUCUGGAGUGCAUACCUCGACAACACUUCCUCCAGACUCAAAUUCAUCGAUUCCUUCCUCGUCUUUCUCGUUCUGUCCGGAGUCCUUCAAUUCACGUACUGCGUUCUCGUCACCAGCUUCCCUUUCAAUGCUUUCCUUGCAGGCUUCGCCAGCAGUGUCGGACAGUUUGUGUUGACCGCUUCGUUGCGAUCACAGGUCAACCCGGAGAACAAAGGUUUGUUCAAAGAGGUCUCGCCAGAAAGGGCAUUUGCUGACUUCGUUUUCGGAUCGGUCGUACUACACUUCUUUGUGUUCAAUUUCCUCGGAUGA